CUCUGCCUGCAGUGCAGAGAAGACUCUUAAUUGUCCAAGUAUACAGUCACACACAGGAGCUACUAAAGCCUAUACACUUUAACAUCUGCUGAAGAGGACAUCAGUGAGUAGGUGAAGCCAGCAGCUUCCUGAUGGCUCCUUCCAGCCGGUUGGUCCUGCUGCUACAGCUCCUCAGCUGGGUGUCAGCUGGCCUGGCCUGUUUCUGUGAGCGCUACCCCUGGGGACCCUGGUCCGCCUGCUCCAGGACCUGCAACCACGGUACACAGCACAGAGAGAGGAUAUUUCAGUACGAUGACGGCUAUUACUGGAAGGGCAGCUGCCAUCAGCUGUGUAACAAACAAGACUGGAGAGCUUGUAACGACCAGUUCUGUCCAAUCAACUGCCUGCUCACAGAGUUCGGGUCGUGGUCUGACUGCUCACCCUGCGCCAAGAAACAGUUUCGGACGCGGUCUCUCCAGAGGCCGUCCCAGUUUGGUGGAUCCGCCUGCAGUGUGGAGCUGACGGAGGAGAGACCCUGUCACCCCUCCACAGAGUGCAAAUUAGCACCCAUCGACUGCAAAGACGACUUUAAGUGUGAUAGUGGACGCUGCAUCAACUCAACGCUAAUGUGCAACAGACAGAACGACUGUGGGGAUAACUCUGAUGAGAAAGACUGCGGCGACUUUAAAAUUGUGUGUCCAGCAGAGAAGCGGGUGGCCCCCGGGGCUGACCUGGUGGGGAAUGGGUUUGAUGCUCUGGCAGAGGAGCCGAGGGGAGCCGUCCUGGACAACAUGUUUAUGGGAGGAAGUUGCAACAUCAAGAGGCCUCAGAGCACGCUGCUCUACCACCGAGUCCCCCACAACUUUGAGAGCUUUGACAUCAAGGUUGGAGUACUGGAGGACUUCAGCAACGAGCCCCACUCGCUGCACACCGAGUCCAUCGAGCUGAAGAAGUCCUCUUCGUCUACUAACAACCAAGGAGAUCAAAACAACUUUUUCUUCCCCGUCUUUUUUUUCCCCAUGUUUUUCUUCAGUGGGAGAUCCAUGACACAGGUCAGCUCGAACAAGGAGGCUUUUGAAGCUUCAAAGAAAACAGACUCCAAGUUUUUCCGGGUGCACCAGGUUCUGCCUGUGUCCACGUUUAAGAUGAGGGACCCAGGGGACCUCGCCCUGUCACAGCCUUUCCUCCAGUUCCUCCACGCUCUUCCUCUGGAUUACAACUACGCCCUAUACAGGGACAUAUUCCAGCGCUUCGGGACACACUACUACAGCUCGGGGAAGCUGGGAGGCCACUAUGACCUGAUGUACCAGUACAGCCGAGAGGAACUCACCAGUUCAGGUCAAACAGAAGAGCACAUCAAAGGCUGCCUGGCGCGAGAGACCACCUGGACCAUCAUCCUCUACACUGAACACAGCAGUGUCACCCGAUGCUCUGACAACAGGAUGACUCAGAAAUACCAAGGCUCGUACAUUCAGGCUGCAGAGAAGUCUUUCUCCAUGGUGACAGGUGGUCGAGUCAGAGAGGCAGCAGCUUUGGCGUGGGAGAGGCAGGGCCCUGCUCCGGACCGAACGUCCUACAAGAACUGGGCCAAGUCUGUUCUCGACAACCCCGCUGUGGUCGAGAGCAAGGUGCUUCCCAUCAUAGAUCUGGUUCGCGGGAUCCCGUGUGCUGCCACAAAGAGGAGACACCUGAGGAAGGCCCUCCUGCAGUACUUAGAUGAGUUUGAUACCUGCAAGUGUGCUCCUUGCCCCAACAACGCCAGACCGGUUCUGUCCGGCACAGAGUGCAAGUGUGUUUGCCAAACCGGCACAUUUGGCACCAACUGUGAGAAACGAGCUCCCGACUACACUUCAGAGAAAGUGGAUGGUUACUGGAGCUGCUGGGGGCCGUGGAGUCGCUGUGGAGCCUCAAUGAAGAGGUAUCGGAAGAGGCGCUGUGAUAAUCCCGCCCCCCUCAGAGGAGGCCAGCCCUGCAACGGUGCAGACAGACAGGAGGAUCCAUGUCACAUCUCCAUCUUUGCAAAGCAGGAGACUUGUGACAACGAUGAUGACUUCACUGUGGGCUGGAUUGACGAGCUGCCUCCUGGUGUGCAGGGCUGUCUGAGGCCACAGAGUCCUGCCAACAGCUUCCUCAGGAAAGCGAAGCAGUAUUAUAACUUUGGUGAGGAUGAGGAGUUCCAGUGCUACACUGGAUUUGAGCUGGAGGGUUUUCAGUACAUCAACUGUCUUCCUGAUGGGACGUGGAGUCAACCAAGUGGAAAAUGCAUCAGGAAAGUGUGCCUUCCUCCUGAAAUCCCUGAUGGCAUGAUGCUGUUCCCCGACAAAGAGGAGUACAAAGUGGGGGAAUCAGUGGGCUUGAACUGCAACGAGCCGGGCCUGACACCACAGCCACGAGGCCUCUACAAAUGUAGCGACAGCCUCACCUGGGAGCCUCCAUUACCGGCUGACCUGCGCUGCACUGAUGAGGUGCCGUUUGUGCCUGAUGCUCAGUGUCGCCCAGGAGAGAAGCUGCAGGACUCUCAGUGUGUCUGCAUUCAACGGGAGAGCUGCCUUUCACAGCCGGAGAAUCUCUGCAUCCUGAACACAGAUGUUGGUGCCACUGUGUCAAUGUCCCUCUGCUCCUUCCAUGCUGGGCGUUGCCACAACGAUCCGCUGUUCUAUGUCAGCGACGGCGCGUGUGACGCAGCAGAUGUGGCUAAACUGGAGUGGGUCAAGUUCAGAGCCUCAAUGUCCUCCAAGAGCUCUGUUCAGGAGUCCUGUGGUCUUGACACCUGUUAUGAAUGGGAGACCUGCUCCGCAUCUAAGAAGUGUGACUGCAGAGCUGCUCGGGACUGCCCCAGAGUUGAAGAGCACAUGUUCUGUGUGAAGCUGACCAGGACCCAGAGGACACGAAGCAUGGACCUUUGCUCUAUGGCCGCCCUCAAAUGUGCCAGCUAUCAGUUUGAGAUUGUCAAUGAAGGCGCCUGUGAGGCCAGAUGAUCCUGCUAAAGCUUUUCUGUGCUGUUAAACUCAUUUUACUGUAUGUUUCAAAUAAUCCUCCACCGCCUCUGGGAAAACUAGUUAUCUACAUGGUUUAAAAUACACAUGAUUUACACUAACAAUCAAAUAUACAAAAUGUCUGUUUCUUUUGCAACUGCACUGUACACUAGAACCAGUAAUUUAGAGAAAUUAUAGAUACAUCUUGCACUAUGUAAAUUAUGUCCUAUUUUUAAAACAAAAGUAGACUGGCAAGCAGCUGUGCUGGAGUUCAAGCAUCCUACACAACUCAGAACCAAAGGCACACUUAACCGGACGAUGGGAAAGCCAAAAGCAUUGCUAAACCAAGCAUAAAGAGGUGGUUUAGGAUGCACUUGGGUGGGUUUCAGUGCACUCUGAGCCUGUUUUCUAAAAAGUCACUAGAUGGCAGCAGGAGACCAAGGAGAGUAAAUGAUACUCAUACCACUGUCAAAUCUUUGAAAUGUUCUGAUCAUGCAAAAGAAGCUUCUUUCAUUUAGAGAUAGUGGUCAGAUGAAGCCAUUUCUUAUCACACAAAUGUGUGUGCCUUUUUGAAAUCAUACUGAUAACUGGAAUCCCCCAAAUGGCGUUGAUCAAAAGUUUUUAUAGCCAUGAAUGUUUCGAACAUUAUAACAUACACACAAGUUCACACACACUGGCUUAAAUGGCUGUUAAGGGUAAGUUUCCUGUCACUUGUUCCUUGCUUGUAAUUAGUGGAAUUGUGGAAGUCAGUGUCGUACGCCAAUACCUCUGGCAUCUUAAAUCUCCUGGACUUUUGGCUGUAAGGCAACUCUUUGCUGACAUCUUCACCUUCUCAGCUUGUUGACGUGAUGAUAUUAUGUUUACAGCUCACCUUGGGACGACACACCUGUUGCAAUCACUGAGCUGAGCUAUAAGACUCAAUGUUUCCACCCAUUGCCUUCUUUGCACCUUCCAUUCUUUUUGAAUUCUGACCUCCAUCCAGUUGCAACUCAUUCAUGGUGAUUUGGUUGCGACCUAAGCAGUGUGCAUGUGUUUCAGUUGAAAGACUGUGAUCUCUGCUCUAAAAUGUCCAUGCAGCCAAUCACACAGAUGCUGUCAUUAACCUGCACUCGUGGUGGUCAGCCGGGCUUGUCAAUCACCGCUGUUCCUAACACACCAAAACAACCACUGCCUUAGCGCCCUGCGCUCGUGGUUCCAGCUUUUGAUGGCUUCCUCAUGUGUGGAAGAGGCGACUUCUGUGCAGAAUGAACAAAAGGAUGCCGCUGUCUCUGGUUCGAGGUGUUUACCCAUCUGCCUCUGUCCUGUCUUCUUGCCAUUUUUUCAAAAGUGCAUUUUUUUAAGGCAGAGUCAACUUCCAUAUAUGGGCAUACUUUGAUCUUCACUGUCACUGUCACUGUCUGUAGGUAGGCACCCCAGAGCCAAGAAGCCAGUCCCUCACUUUCCAGUAUUGGAAUGACUCUUGUCAUACCUCAGAAACAAGUCUUUCUCUGUUAUGAUUGGAGACCUCUCAUCCUCCUGUGCCCCCUUCUCUUGUGGCGUCCCUCAGGGUUCCAUUCUCGGCCCUCUUCUUUUUACCCUUUAUCUACUGCCUCUUGGAAAGAUCAUUUCCACUCAAAAUCUUCCCUUUUCACUGUUAUGCUGAUGACAUUCAUUCAUUACCUCCCGAUUAUCCCCAAUGCUCCAGCUGCACUGAAUUCCCUCUUCAAGUGCCUAGAAGUCAUCAACUGAUGGUUGACUCAAAAUUUUCUGCACUUGAACCAGUCUAAAAUGGAAUGUAUUGUCUUUGGUACCUCUGAUGUAUGUGAAAAUGUGAUUAGUAACUGUGAUUCUUCUUCCUUUGCCUCUCUUCUUAAACCUGCUGUAAGGAACUUGGGAGUUAUUUUGGACCCUGGUCUAUAUUUUGACCAGCAGAUUGACUCUGUAGUGAAGCUGAGUUUCUUCCAACUACGUCUUUUAACUAAAGGUAAGCCCUUCCUCAGCAGGAACGAUCUUGAAAUGGCUAUCCAUGCUUUUAUCAGUUCUAGGAUAGAUUACUGUAAUUCCUUGUACUUCGGCAUCAAGCAAUCUUCUCUCUCUCGCCUUCAAUUGGUACAAAAUGCUGCAGCACGCCUUCUAACCAACACCCCCCGUUACAGUCACAUCACUCCCAUCCAUCUUGCACUACAUUGGCUCCCAGUUAAAUUUAGGAUCAUUUUGAAAUUGAUAAUGUUUGUUUUUAAAGCUAUCCACGGUCUUGCUUCAGAGUAUCCAUCUGAUUGUAUAAAGCUUAGACGACACUGUAGAGCCCUCCGGUCCUCAGAACAGCCCCUGUUGGAGGUUCCUUUUUCUAAUUUUAAACAGUGGGGGUCCUCGAUAGCGCCCCUGAAAUUGUGGAACUCCCUACCCUCUGAAUUGCAUUCUAUUAAUGACUUGGCUCUUUUUAAAUCACAUCUUAAAACUCAUUUAUUUAGACUGGCUUUUAAUAUUGUGUAACUUUUACCCUUUGAAAUGCAUUUUUCUGUUUUUUUGGUCACAUGUGAUGAGUAAGUCUGUAUUUUCUACCUGACACUUGUAUUUUGAUGGAGCUUUUAGAAAAGAAAGGGACUCAUAUUUGGCAGAUUUUGGCUUGUUAGUGAGAAAAAACCACAAAAAGGAUUGAAAAUCCUCAAAUUCUGCACACAGCCACUCUUAGUCUCAGCAAAGUGCUUCCAUUUGAAUAAUGUGACAUUUGAAUGAUUUGAUUCUGCACUGAAAAAUAUCACCUGGUUUUCUUCUGGAGUGAAACGUGUUCAGAGCAAGAAGGUCAGCUAUGACAGCCAGCCGAUGACGAUGAAUCACAGAUUUACAUGUGAGUCCUCGGCAGCUGUUUCCAUUAAACUAACUCAGACAGGCUUGUCCAGCAUGAAACAGCAGAGAGAAGAAGAAGGUGAGCGCCUCGUGGAGGAAAUCCAGCAUCGAGCAUUUGAGUGAAGAGUUGAGUGAAGGUUGCGUUCGUCAGGUAAUCAGAAACACGUUGAUCUGUGUCUCCUGGAUGUGUGAGACGACUGUUGUUUGCUGCCAGGGUGUUUGUGUCUUUCUGCCUCUGAGUGAAUAACAUUACAGCGUAAACAUCAAAUCCAGCUGUUAUUUUAGCAGCAUCACAAUGUUUCCUGUUGUGUGUUUAGAUGAUGGAUAUGUGAUGAACUCAUUGAUCAGCUGUAAAUACAUGUAAUCCAGCAGAGCCCUGGGGGGCAGCAUUAGAGGGGGGGGGGGGGGGGG